AGGUCCUCUCCAACCUUUUCCUGUUUUUCACCUCGGAGCACUUGAACAGGUACUUACUGCUCUAAUUGAAGUGGUGCUCCUUCUUAUGAGUCUGCAGCCAUUCUCUGAUUGUUCACAACUGUUUUAAAACCUCAUCAGCUUGUAAAAGUCCUCAUUCACGCUUUGCACCAGUCAGUGUGUUCGUCUGAAGGUCACGGUGCUGCCAACAGAGUGCAGCUCCUCCAGUCUGCUCUGUAACGAGGGCCGUCCUCACAACUCCUGCAUCAUGGCGGAGACUGCGGAGGCUGUGGCAGCUGAUGUGAGCAGCAAGAGAAGUGCGACGAUUGAAAUCACAAACGUCACUAAUAACUUCUGCCUGAUCAACCCCAGAGCAUACCUGGAGAAUGGAGAGACGUACAACCCACCUCAACCCUCAGUGCGCCCCCUGAAAACAGAGGUUUGCACCUUCACAAAGUCGGGCGGAAAAGCAACCGGUUGCGUUGGCGUGAUGACCUACGACCUCUUUGAAAGAUCCCACAACGACUACAUCGAGACUCUGGCCAUCAUGUUCUCUGUGCCCUGGGACUACAACCUGUACAAGAACUGGUUUGCGGUUGGCGUCUAUAAAAAGGGCCGUAACUGUGAUAAAGAUCUGUACAAAGAAAUGUACUACGAGAAGAAGGAGAACGAGCACGGGUUUGUGAGAGCAGAAGCCAACGGGUCAGGAAUCAAUUACGUGGGGAACUACCUUGACAUCAAAGCCACCAUGUGUCCCAUGGGAAGAGCCAUCCUCAAGGUGGAGGUGUGGGACAAGCUUUUCACACCCAUGGGCCAGCAGGCAUACUAGUAACGUUCUUCACCAAUAUUUACAUUCUUUCAUAUUUUGUAUCGCACAUUAUUUGUCAUUAGAGCAUCUAGAAGUGUCAUUAUUCACAUGUACGCCUCAGUAUUAAAGCUGCUCACUGCAAACUACGAAUCUAUGAAAAGAGGAGAUUGUGAACUACAUCAAAUGAUGGAGUAGCUUGAGAGAGCAGCUUUAACCUUGAAAUAAAUCUACAGAUCAGGGUUUGUUUUUAAAUCCUGGCAGAAAUGUCCUGUCUUUACACACCUCUGUGCUUCAGUGCCAUUCAGUUUUAAACUGGGAUCUUUAGAAAUGGGAAUCAAAGGAUGAUUCGCCAAAGGAUGAGGGCGCACAGCUUAAUGAAACACACAGAGCGCUUGUCUGAAUCUACCUUGACACCGCCUUGUGAGGAAUCAAAUAAACCUUUUGGCUGAAGCUUUUGUGC